GUAAACGCAUGUAAACACCGUGCCUCCGACCACCGACACUCUCGUCCGCGGCUGGGAUUUUUUUCUCCGUUACUCUCGCCCAUUUCAUCCCGCAUCGUUCCUCGCAUCAAAAUAUCGCGGCCGAAAGAUCCGCUGAUAAUUCAGGGCCGACGACGUGCGUCUUCCAUUUUUCUCAAGUAAUUUUAAACCACUAAGAACAAUGAGCAAGAAGAAAGAUAUGGCAAUCGACUUUCAAGACAACAUGAUAUUACUGACACGAAAGUACUUGAAGCGUAAAAUAAUGUGUCCUGAAACAAAGUUCAGGCACCAUGUCAAUGAGCGGCUGCAUGUGCUGGAUUUAGUGAAACGUACCUUUGAAAUAGGUGAAAGCAAUUCUGCCUUGUUAGUCGGACCUAGAGGCAGUGGAAAAACAACGCUUGUUAACAGUGUCUUAAAGGAAUUGUCUGCUUUAAAAAGUUUUAAAGACAACGCGAUAAUUGUUAAUCUUCAUGGACUAGUGCACACUGACGACCGUUUGGCGCUUAAAGAUCUCACUCGUCAGAUGCAGUUGGAAAACGUCGUUGGCGAUAAGGUUUUCGGUACAUUUGCAGAAAAUCUGAGCUUCCUGUUAGAUUGCCUGAAAUCUGGUGAUAAAAACCGCUCUAAACCAGUCAUUUUUGUACUUGACGAGUUUGAUCUGUUUUGUGGACAUCACAAUCAGACAUUGUUGUAUAAUCUGUUUGACGUUGCUCAGUCUGCACAGGUGCCGAUAUGUGUGCUAGGGAUAAGUUGUAGAUUAGACGUCAUGGAGCUGCUGGAGAAGCGGGUCAAAUCGAGAUUCUCGCAUCGUCAAAUAUUUCUAUUUCCUGGCGACACGUCGUCCUCGGAACAACCCAUGUCCGCGUUCGAUGAUCGUUUGGAGCUGUUUCGAGACCUCCUCAGCUUACCUGAUGAUGAAAAUGUAAAUAAAGUGGAGCAGCAAUACGAUGAUUGUACAAUAGACCCGCAAUUUGGUUCCAUGUGGAACGACUAUAUCAAGAAUUUAACCGCCAAUGUGACGAUGGUGAAUUUACUCAAGAGAAUGUAUCAUAUUGAUGUGAGCGAGAGGAGCUUUAGAAAUUUUCUCGCUGUAGCCGUCUCAACGCUGUCGGAGAAGCAUCAGAAAUUGGAAGUAAAUGAUUUUGUGGAGGCGAGUAAAAUUUUUUCGGAGGAUGACAAAUUGUUGAUACUCGAGGGAUUGUCUAUUUUAGAAAUGUGUUUGAUAAUUGCAAUGAAACAUGAGACGGAGAUUUACGAUGGUGAGCCGUUGAAUUUUGAGACGGUAUACAAUCGCUAUAUCAAGUUUGUGAAUCAGAAUUCCUCUAUGCAGUCUGUCCAGAAACCAGUUAUCAUGAAAGCUUUUGAGCAUAUUAAGAACUUAGAGGUCUUGCUGCCAGUUGGAAGUACGAAUACGAAAUUCGAAAAAGAAUAUCAAUAUUACAAAUUUACAUUGACAUCGCAGCAAGUUAUUGAGGCUGUGAAAAAUUAUCCAGGUCUUCCCACCGAAGUUUCUCAGUGGGCGUUAAGCAGUAUAUAAUAAUAAUAUAGUUUCAAGUAUCCAGCCUGUUGUGUUCCAUAAAACUACAUAUUACACAGUAAUUAAUAAGAUUUCAUUCACGUUGCGACGUAUUACUAAAAUAAGUUUAGACGUAGAUAUUUAUCACUCUAAUAGAAGUAAUACUUAAUAGUAUAGGAAUCGGUAGUGUGUUAAUCCUUUAGAUACAUUUUUAUAUGUUGAUUAUUAUUAUUAUUAAGCUCAUCUCCAUACUCAUAAUUAAUGAUUGCCAUAAAAACGAACUACUAUACGAAGAAAAUUACAAAUACGCGACAUUUCAUCGACAUAUUAUGCCCUCCAGAAAACGUGUGAUACUCUAGUCUUACAUCUCUAGAUUAUUGCCAUUAUUCGUACAUAUAAUAUCCAGUUAAAUUUUCUAAAUUUAAUUUAGAAGAUUUUUUUUAAGUAUCGAUCAUUUAGAAUAGAAAAUUAUAGAACACAUCACAAAAAUACAGUGAAAUUGUAAAUAUCUUCGAUAUGUAUCAGUACAAUAUCUGAAAGGGAAGAAGAGGCAAUGAUAUUUUGUGAAUAUAUACUAAAUAUGGUCAUCAGGAACAGUUCCUGCCAAUAUACGAAGUAAAGCAUCUAGUAUACACAUUUUCGAUAUAUGAAAGAUAAUGGAGGAAGGUGCAUAAAUAUUUAUCGAAAUAUUUUAUUUCCUCCCUAAUAACACGCAUCAUCUUAUCAAAUGUCAUGGAUGAUUAGAUAUUUUAUUCGACUGAAACCAUAUUUGUGCCAUUGGCUAAGCAUUGUGUUAAAAUUCAGUUUGUCUGUGAUCCAUUUAUCAUGUCCAUUUAUCUUCGUGUUAUGUGUGCGUGCAUGUGUGUCCGCGAUCAAUAUUUAUAUGUAUGAAUGCGUAAAAAUUUCGAGUAUUUAUUAAGAAACGUGUGUCUCUCGCAAGCACACACACGCACACACAUAAUAUUCGGACGUAUUACAUUGUGACGAAAUUAGAAUGUGCACGUAUCUAUGUUUAUACAUUUGUAAUAAAUUUACAUCUUUGACGAAGUA